ACACCUUUUUAGUUAGGUGCGAUCGGCGCACAGGUAUAAAUGCACCCUUAACCACGUUGUUUUUAAUAAGUGGAACCUCUUUGAUCUUUGAUGAACAAAACAAAAAUAUUGACUCCUUGUUGGUACAUAAAAUCCAUAAAAUGAACGUUUCUACUUUGGCAAAUAGUCAACAAAAACGAGGUGUUGCUACUAAAAGAAAAGCUUCAUUAAAAGGUUUACGUAAUGUCUUUGCACAACCAUUUAAUAAUUAUUGGCCACUUCUCAAAAAUGAUCAAGUUGGAGUCUUGGAGCAGUCUUUGCAAAAAUAUUUAUCUUCUAUACAACAACCGAAAACAUCUAUUCCUUGGACACAGCUGCGAAAGAUGAGUAAAGCAGAACGACAAGCGAUUAAAAUUUCAAAAUUAAAAGAUGAAGAAUCUACAACACCUACAUCAAGUGUAAUAUUUGUUACUGGAAUUAAUGCUGUCACUCGAGGACUAGAAAAAAAAUGUCUCAAUUCUGUAUUACUGGAUUCUCAUGUUGAACCUGUUUUAAUCAAGCACGUAGUUGUAAUGUGUGAAGCUGAUAACAUUCCAAUCGUUUUAGUACCAUUUCUAAAAACUGUUACUUCAGGAACAAUAGGAUUUAAAACUGCUGCUUUUGCAUUAAAGAAGGAAGUAGAAAACUCUACGGAUCAUAAUCUCCAUUCCCUUCAUAAGAAAAUUUUGGAAUUAUCUUGUGAAUUUGAUCGCCCGAAAUUAUGUAACCCUCUGUAUUCUGAACAAGUUUCUAUGAUCGAGAAAACUACAGAAAAUAUUGUUCUUGUCCAAGACGAUGAAUGGAGGAAAACUAAAACAGAAAUCACAGUAUUAUCAGACAUUUAUUUAUAUCGUUCUUCUAACGAAGAAAGAGUUUUUAUUCCGGAAGGAGAUGGUAAUAAUUCUUUUCAGACUUCUAGUGAGUUUAUCGAUUAUAUACCGUUAGGCAAGAAUCAAGAUUCGAAAAUAGAUAAAUCGUAUGAAAUAUCAAGAACUAAGAAACGAUAUACCACGACGAAUGAUGUUUAUGUACCUGUGAAAAUGAAACGAAUGCAAGGGAAUAACAAUAGAAUUAAAUCAACGAAAAUUACUAAAAAUAAAUAAUAAGUUGAAAGGUUUUAUUUCCAAAUUAUAUGUAUAAGAUAAUAUUUAUUUACGAAUUAAGCUGUUGAAUGAAAUGUCUUAUAGAUUUAUAGUUGUGUAAAUUUUAUACGAAAAUUUAUAUUAAAAUAUUCUAAACAAUGUAAUUAAA